UACCUAGGGCAGUUGCGUGCCUCUUGAUAAUCAAAAGUUGCAAAAGGCAAAAAAGCUUCAAGGAGCCAGCACCCAACUUCUAGUAUACUUGCCUCACAAAUAAAAUAUUUCCCAAGAAUAAGCUCACAUGUUGCUCAGGGCAGCUGGCUGGCAAGCACCCCUUGGCUCUUUCCAACCCUUGUAUAAAUCCAGACCCUCCGAUCCUGCCCUACAUCUCACAAUCAUCCUUACAGCACACAACACAAAUCAGGACCAAUUAGUCCUAGCUAGUGUUUAGCUCGCUUAGCAGCUGCCUGAGCAAGCUAGAGAGAUGGCUGGUCAAGCCAUGAGCAAGCAGGGUGCAAUGGCUGCUGCGUUGGUUGCUGUCCUCUUCUCCCUCUCGUCGGCGUCCCCUGUCCAGUGGGGGCAGCUGGACCCUCACUUCUACGAGCACUCGUGCCCGCAGGCGCAGCAGAUCGUGGCGUCCAUCGUGGGGAAGGCGCACUACCAGGAUCCCCGCAUGGCCGCCUCCCUCCUCCGCCUCCACUUCCACGACUGCUUCGUCAAGGGCUGCGACGCGUCGCUCCUGCUGGACAGCAGCGGGUCGAUCGUGAGCGAGAAGCGGUCCAACCCCAACAGGGAUUCGGCCAGGGGGUUCGAGGUCGUCGACGAGAUCAAGGCCGCGCUGGAGGCCGCGUGCCCGCGCACCGUCUCCUGCGCCGACAUCCUCGCCCUUGCAGCGCGCGACUCCACCGUCAUGACAGGCGGCCCCGGGUGGAUCGUGCCGCUGGGGAGGAGAGACUCGCUCGGCGCGAGCGUGCAGGGCUCCAACAACGACAUCCCGGCCCCCAACAACACCCUCCCCACCAUUAUCACCAAGUUCAAGCUCCAGGGCCUCGACAUCGUCGACCUCGUCGCCCUCCUCGGGAGCCACACCAUCGGCGACUCCCGGUGCACAAGCUUCCGCCAGCGUCUGUACAACCAGACGGGCAACGGCCUCCCGGACCGCACGCUGGACGUGUCCUACGCGGCCGAGCUGCGCCCCCGCUGCCCGCGGUCCGGCGGCGACCAGAACCUCUUCUUCCUCGACCCCGUCACGCCCUUCAAGUUCGACAACCAGUACUACAAGAACCUGCUCGCCUACCGCGGCCUGCUCAGCUCCGACGAGGUGCUCCUCACUGACAGCCCCGCCACCGCCGAGCUCGUCAGGCUCUACGCCGCCAACCAGGAUAUCUUCUUCCAGCACUUCGCGCAGUCCAUAGUCAAGAUGGGCAACAUCUCCCCGCUCACAGGGGUCAACGGCGAGAUCAGGAAGAACUGCAGGAGGGUCAACCACAGCUGAUCGGUUCGGUUCAGCUACCGAAGAUUCAUCAUGCUCGAUCGUGCGCAUGAUUGUUCACGCAGUGUUUAAUUUGCUCGAGUACUUCGAUUUGAUUACUUCUGCUCGUUAGUUGGUUGGUUGGUAUGUUGAUCCAGAUGUCUGUUGCUUGUUGAAAUUUCUUGGAACUGUAUAAUUUUUCCUUGUCCAUUUGUUGUUUUCCUUGAAUUGUUGUUGUUUUCAGAGGAAUCCAUUUCGCAUUUGUAGGUACAUUGUUGGUUCUUGUCCGUUUCCAGCCAUGAAAUGAAACUUGAGUGAAUAAAUUUAAAGAGUCAUGUACUUUCUAA